AUGUCCAACGACGCACUGUGGGUGUCUGACGCCAUGUUGGACUCACUCAGUAUGCAACUUCGGGAUGCCGAAGCUCGCCGAGCGGAAGCAGAACGUGCACACCAGGAAGCUCUGGCACAGCUUAGAGGUAUGUCGUCCGGCAUGGGUAGGAUAAGUGAACCGAUAGAAACGUUGCAGUCCAGAGCCCGCGAGUUGGAGAAGAAGGCUGCACUUGAAACGGUACGAUGCGAGGAACUACAGCUUGAGUUAUCAGCUGCGCUAAAAUCACGACCCGGCCGUACGAUCGGAUCGGGCCCGGGUGGAUCGAGCGGUACGAUGAUGGGCGGCAUGGGCGAUAGUAUGACGGGUCGUGGCACCGUCGGCAAUAGCUGCAGCACCGCCACCAAUUCAUCGUCCGUCAGCGCAACGCUGAACAGCAUCGGUAGCAGCGCCUACGGCCACACGAGCUCGGUCACGACCAACACUAGCGCCCUCGAGCGGUCGCUAGCGGGCUACAGUAGCUCCGCUGCUGGCGUUAACGCUGGAGGCGGCAGCGGAAGUCGUGGCAUCGACGGUAUUGGUGGUGGCAUCGGUCACAGCACAAGCAUCGGUAUGAGCAGCAGCAGUGGCAUCGGAACCGGCAGCACUGGCAACACUGGCGGCAGCACCGUCACCUGGGCGCCCACACCGACCGGACACCAGCAAGGGACCGAGAUUGAUAGAAUAAUGGCAAAGAUCGAACAGGCACGUUUAUCCAUUGCUAAUGACAAUCGCAUACUGGCCGAGCUAGAGCAUCCACGCACAACCGGACCGAUCAUGUCAUCGGCGCUGGGCACCGGUGGGCUGGCGAGCGUGUCGACCGGCCUCGGGCUAUCCUCACAUCAAGCGCACCUGCACCAGACACCGUCGAGCCUCGCGUCGCAGAUCUCCACCUCGGCCAUGCUGAGCGGUCUGUCCGGGCUGACCGGCGGCACCAUGCCCACUACCGGGCUCGGUAUGAACUCGAUCGGUCUCGGCGGCAGUGGUGCGGGCGUUGGCGUCAGUUCGGCUAUGGCCGCCGGCAUCAGCUCCAUCACCGGUGGCAUCAGCUCGAUGGGUGUAACGUCAAGUACCAGCAGCCAUGCGCUAACCGACGGACAGUACAGCGCGCUUACGUCGUCGACGGGUGGAAGCAGCACCAAUCACUACUCGACCAACGCUAACGUUUCGCCACUGCCAAGCCGGGCAAAUCCAAUGAGCACCACCAUGCCACCCCUCUGCCAGAGUACGACCAUGCCCGUCCUGUCGCUACACAACACACACUCGAUACCGUCGGGUUCGGCCAGCUACACGCUCGGUCUGAGCGUGGCACCGGUCGCCUCAUCGUAUACGUUCCCGACGCACUCUGCGACGACCGGCGGACUGGCGAGCGUACUCGGCACAACGUCUGGCGUCACCGGGGCGGGCGUUUCCGGGCUGAGCGGGUUGGGCGGCGGGCUGGGGACGGGUACCGGGCUUAAUCUUACCUCGACCAACCCGCUCACCAGCACGCUCGGCACCAAUCUGACCAACUACAACACCAGCUCGUCCUACUCGACCUACACCAACCCGCUGCUGAGCGGCACCGGUGGCAUCAGCUCGAAGCUCAACAUGAAACCGCUGGACGAGCUGGACCUGCUGACGCGCUACGGUCAGCGGGGCGGCACACCCUGUUCACCCAUUCCGCCCGCCAACUGGGGCCUAGAUAGCUAUACCGGAAUCGAUGGCGUUAAUCCUGCCUUCAUGCAUACCCAGAACCGAUCGCUCAUCGGUAUGGAGCUCGACGCACGAUCCCACGGUUUGACUCUCAACGGUACUGGAGAACCUCAGGUCGACAUGCUGGACAUACCGGGCAAGGGCCGAUGUUGCGUAUUUAUCGCGCGAUUUUCCUACGAUCCUCCGGAUGUGGAAGGCUCCGAAGGAGAGUUGGCGCUGUGCGCGGGUGAUUACUUGUUAGUAUGGGGUAACGGAGAACCACAAGGAGGAUACUUCGAUGCGGAGCUAUUAGACGGCCGGCGAGGUCUCGUCCCAGCAUCGUUCGUACAGAGACUAGUGGGUGACGACCUGUUAGAGUUCCACCAGGCGGUAGUGUCAACGUUACGCGAUGCUGACGAUGCCCCGAUUCCGCUCGAUCCGGCCCCGCUUCCCUCGAGCAAUCCGCUUAUACCGCACACAUCGGAAGACCUGGCACGAAUCAGCGACACACACACCGACCUAGGUCAGGAUUUGGAUGAUGAAGCCGACACAGUUCCUGCACCGAAGCACCUAACCCUGGAGCGGCAGCUAAACAAGAGCGUACUGAUCGGCUGGUCGCAGCCGGAUCCACCGAUGUGCAAUCAGAUCGAGAGCUACCACGUGUACGUGGACGGUGUGCUCAAGGUGACGGUCAAGGCAACCGAACGCACCCGGGCCCUUGUAGAAGGCGUAGAUUCCAACCGACCACACAGGAUUAGUGUGCGUAGCGUGACGCAGAACCGGCGAACGUCGCGUGACGCUGCCUGCA